AAGAAGAAGAAGAACAAAAAUCGAUUCUCUUUCUCUUCUCGCAGAGACUCAAUUCUCACAACCAAACGAGCGAAAGCGAGAGAUCUUCUCGUAGCCCUUCAAUUUGCAAUUCCCCCCGUAAUCCAAACCUUACACAAAAUCAAUCGCAAGCUGAACAAUCCCAGCACAAUCAUGGAACCGUAGACUCUCUCUCUCUCUUCAUCACAAAAGUUUUCAUUGUCCGUUUCUUUAAUCUGACCGGAUGCACUCGCGAGCUUUUGAUCGUUGAGAUUCCGCAUCGAAGAUUGGGGUCGCGGAGGGGAGAAUAGGUGAGAACUUACGAGCCUUUGGAGAAGCUACAUUUUGAUUAAUCGAAUAUUUGUUGGAGUCCGAUUCAGUUAUAUUUGAAAUGAGUUGGAACAACACACAUACGGAAGUUCAUCAUAUCAACACUACUUAUCCUUAUAACAAUGCCGGAAGUUUUCUGGAAUAUUUUGAAGGUCUUACCUACGAACAUGUAAAUUUCAUUUUUUCCGGUGCUUCACAUUCUCAGGAGAAUAUUUAUCCUCCGCUGAAUUCAAGCUUUUACAAGUUUGGGCUUUCAGAUUUUGGGAGCCCUACCUAUUACAGCCAACCUCAAGCUUAUAGGAUGCAUGAUCAUGUUCAUGAGCCCAUAAUUUAUGAACAUAGAAGGCCAGAGAACUCGGCAACUCAGCCUGCUGUACAGAGUUCUGCACUAAAUCUUGAAUUGGAAGAAAUUCCAAAUACUGCAACAUUUGACAACCAUGUAGAAUGUCCGAGAAGACACCAUAAUUCACAUGAUUUUCAGGUUGUUUGGCAAGACAAUGUAGAUCCUGACAAUAUGACUUAUGAGGAAUUACUAGAGUUGGGUGAGACAGUUGGAACUCAAAGUCGAGGUCUAUCACAAGAAUUGAUUGCUUUGCUUCCAAUAUCAAAGUACAAAUAUAGUUUCUUCUCGAGGAAAAAAUCUCGUGGAGAGAGAUGUGUGAUAUGCCAGAUGGAAUAUAAACGAGGUGAUCGAAGGAUCACUCUGCCAUGCAAACAUAUCUAUCAUGCUGGUUGUGGAACCAAAUGGCUUAGCGUCAACAAGGCUUGCCCCAUUUGUUACACAGAGGUGUUUGGGGAUACUUCAAAACGCUAAGUCUUUUAUUCUUAGAUGACAGAAGAACAGAAUCUUGUUAUUUUUUUAUUAUUAAAAAAUUUUGUGAAAAUAUGGAGUGGCAGAAAAAAAGGAAAAAAAAAAUCACUUGAUUUUCUUUCUUAAAUUUUCCCACUUUAGUAAAUACCUCAGUGCUAAAGUGAAUAAAGAUUAGUUUCUUGUAUUAGCUUUAUAAGUGUUUGGUGUUUGGAUUGGCCUUUUUUUUCUCUCUUUUUGACAAAGGUAAGAGAUGUGUAAUGAUAGUAUGAAUCCUACCUCAAGUGUCAUUUGGUAUAUGGGAUGGGAAUGAAGAGGGUAAAAAUGGAAAGGAUUUGUGAGUUUUUGGAAUGGAAAUAACUAGUUUCUUUCUUGGCAUUUUAUAUACAUCCAUGAACAAGAAUAUUUUAUGA